AUGGAGUCUCUUUGGGAAAAGAUUACUGAUUUAGAUAAGCUUAACUAUGCUUCUUAAGCAGAGUAGCCUAUAGUAAAAUCCUAAUUCCGAAUCAAAAGAAAUGCACUGUCUUCCCAAAAAUCGUCAAUCCAAAUCCAUCUUUAUGCCUCCCUUAUUCUCUUCAUUUGCGCAAGCCACCCCAAAGCCAAAAUAUCUCUAACUCCUGAAGUUUAAUACUAACUUAAUUCAGAGAGCAAUUAAUUGAUUAUUCAUAAGAACGAAAAGUCCUUCUAGCUUAAAUUAAAUGAUUAAGACAACAUGAACAAGUGGGCAGAAGCUCUAACAAAGCUAGGAAUUGCAGAAAAGCACUCACACUCUUAACAGUUUUCUGAGCAAACGGCUGGAAGAUUGUUACCUUCUUACGCAAUAUUACCUUCUGAUUCUUUAACUCAUAAACUCUAACAAAACUCAAGUACCUCAAAACUUCAGCUUUCUCGUAGAGAGUAGCUGCAAUAAGCAAACUCAGCUUCUAGCAUGCAUUUUCACAAUGAUACCCCUUCAUCAGCUCAUAGCCACAUCAUUAAUAGUGAUGAUGAAAAUACUAUUACUCUAUCUCUAUGCGAUACUGACUCUUUUUCAACCAGUUCAAAAAAAGUCAAUUGUUGCUAAAAUUAGGCUUAAGUAAAUGAAUAACAUAAAACUGGAAAGAAAACAAAUCAAAGACUCAACAGUAAAAGAAGAGCUUCUUAGCAAGAAAAUAUCUAUGCUGCUCCAGAGACUCUUAAGCCUUCUAUGGAACACUUUAUAAUAAACGUCAACUAUCUCUAUAGAAAGGCUUGCGUGAAUUACUUUGAAUACAUUACUAGCCUUAGAGGCUUAGAAAGAAUUCCAGAGGAGUAGGAAUGCUGUGAUUGA